UGAGACGCAAUUUCAGAAUAUUCUGUAGUUGAGGGGCUCUGUAUACAUUUCCAUGUUUCCAAUGCGAAAAGCCUCCUCUCCCCGCCGCGCGAAACCCUAAUUCUCCGACACACCCUCCACCUCCUCCUCGACGCUCCUACUAUUACUACUCUCAUUACGCGGUGGAGAUCGAUCGAUCGAUCGAUCGAGAGAGAGAGAGAGAGAGAGAGGGGGGCGAGAGAGAUGAGCGGGGGGUUGUUGGGUGCGUUUUGGGGGACGCGGGCGCUGGAGGUGGUGAAGCGGAACAACUCGCCGGGGCUCCUGUGGAAGCGCAUCAAGCUCACCACCACCCGAAAGAACAAUGCCAAGAAGCGCCUCCGCCGCGUUUGGCAGAAUGAGGCGGUAUUGAGGGCUUGCGCUGAAUCAGAAGCACCAAAAACAUCGGCGACGACUGCUUCUGCAGUUGAAGGUGAGCAGUAGCCUGGGAACUGACAAUUAUGCGCUUUAACAACUUCGACAAGCCUUUGGAAGGUCUAAUUUUUAUUACCUCUUCUUUAAUGUGGGCGAAAAUAUCGUUCUUUGUUAAUUCCCCGAAAUGAAAAACAACGUGUUAUGUUCUCGUUUCGAACGACGGAAUACAGAAUGAUUGUUCAUCAUGCCGGAUUUGACUCUUUGCUUCUCUAACCUCUGUUGUUUCGUCAGCAUCAUGCGGUUCUCACGUAUAAAUUUUUGCAUGACAAUUCGUGGAGAACUUCACUUCAGUUCUCACUGUAUGUACUCAAGUGAUCUAGUCUCUGAACUUGUAGAAAGUUUUCAUUUCAGCCAUUUGUUCCAACUUAGUUUGUUUUCGUGUCGAAGCUCCAUUUUUAAGGCAGGUUAAGAUUAGGAUCUCAGCAGACUUGAGCACGAGCUAGUUGGGCUACUUGGCUCAGCCCACUCUGGUCCGGUUCGUCGGGCCGUUUGAUACUAAGAAUCUGUUGUUGUCCCUGUAUAGAAUCUGCUGAAACUUGUGGUUUUUAGGUGUAUUUUUCGUCGAAAUGUAUUUAGUGUUACUUCAGAAAUUAUUUAUA